AUGGGUAAAAACUGCGGAGGUUGGUACACCCCGCGAGGAGCCAAGGGUCGGUCACACCGCUGGAUGCUGCAGACGAGCCCCCCCGGCAGGGAGGAGGAGGAGGAGGAGCGGGGGUUUCCGCCGAGCCGCUGCCGAGCCCGGGGCCGCGACAGGUGCGGCGGCGGCAGCGGCCCCCGGCCGGGAGCAGCCGCCAAGCGCGGCCGGCGGGACACGGGGCGAGCAGGGGCGAUGCGGCACCUGGCGCGCAUAAAACGGAGAGCGGCGGCCAACGCGCGGGAGCGGGACCGCACGCACAGCGUCAACACGGCCUUCGGCGCCCUCCGCAGGCUCAUCCCCACCCGCCCGGCCGACCGCCGCCUCUCCAAGGUGGAGACGCUGCGCCUGGCCUCCAGCUACAUCUCGCACCUGGCCAACGUGCUGCUGCUGCAGCAGCGCCGGCAGGACGAGGCGGCGGCGGCCGAGCAGCCGUGCCCGCAGCCGUGCCCGCAGCCCGCUCAGCCCUGCCCGCAGCCCUCACAGCAUUCUCAGUACUCUCAGCCCUCUCAUCCCGCUCAGCCCUGCUCGCCGCCAGGUGCCUGCGCGCCUCGGUCCAUCUGCACCUUCUGCCUCAGCGACCAGCGGCAGCGGCACCGGGAAAAAGAGAAAGCAUCACCUGGUCCAGCCGUAACCGGACUCUGAACAGGCGGAGGGUCUCGCAUCACUCCUGCUCUGACUGUGCCACUGCUCUGGGUAACAUCGCCUCACUCGUGCUGCAUGUUUACAUUUAGAUAGCACAGUCCUGAGAGUUACUUUUUAAGUCUAUGCACUUUGUUUCGUAUUGUGAGGGGUGUUUUCAGGUUGUUUUGCAAAUGAAAUUCACUGCCUCUGUUGAGAGGGUUGCACCUGGUGCGGCAGCUAUUUUAGCGCGAGAAAUGUUAAACCUCAGCAGCCAAGCCCUGAUCCUGAUGCCUCCUAAACCUGUGUCGCAUGAUGAAACUUGAACUUGCAAACACAGUGUCCCCUGUCAGGGGCCGCUGUCACGAACACGCCGUGCCCUCCGCCUCCAGCGCAGCCCGGGCUGCACGCAGCGCUGCGCCCACUCCUCCAGCUGCACUCCCGUCCUCGGGGACAGGGGCUGAUGCCGACAGCUGACAUGCUUCAGAGGUCUCAACGAUGCUGGAAGAUUAUUUUGAGGUGUUCACAGAAAGUCGGAAAACUUCCAGUGGAAGCAGCCCCGUAGUGCACAGGCGCAGCAGCAGCGCACGGCACGGGACGGAGCCGGCACAGGAGAGGAAAGGGGAGAUGAGCAGUGUAAGCGAUGCUCUUUCCUUAUUAACACUGCGAGCCCUGCCAGCCCUUUAAAUAGCACGGGAUAUUCCUGAAUCUCUCUGGCAAGGAGGGUUUCCCAUCACCCAUGUCGUUCCAAAACUGUGCCCUGUACAUCACUGCAGUUUACUACCUUGAGUGCUUGUUUUCAGAACUCUAAAAGGCAAAUAAGUAUUUUCCAUUUUCAGAUUUGGACAUUAAAGAAGCAGCAGGCUAAAAUCUUGAACCCCAGUAAUGCUGGAUUCUAAGAAACACAGAGAUAGAUUAAUUUUGCAAUGUUUUUUAUAGCUAUUUAUAAUAUAAUUAAUUAGGCUUUAAUUAAUCUUAACUUGUUACUUUGGGAGGCACUCUAUACUCUGUAAGAGCUUGGUAACUGUACCACUCCAAGAAGUGCUGCAAGGAAAACGUGUCUCCUUUUCCCUCCCCUGAUCCAUCUGUGAAGUGCUCCUGGCCAGCCUUGCUGCUCUGGCCAAACGUGAGGGCUGCAGAAGCAGCCCUGUGUUGUUCACUUUUUUUUUGUACAGUCUUCUCUUCUUGCCCUACAUAAGUGCAAAGCAAAUUCUGGCAGUAGUUAUGAAGAACUUGGCAAGUACCCCCAUACAACUUCACUCUUUUAGUUUCCCUUCUCCCCUGCCCAACACACAGUGGCCACUUUUUCUGCAGCACAAUGACUUUUUCUGUAGCACAAUGACUUUAAAUCUGCUGUACCUACAGAAGUGCAAUAAGCUCUUCCUUUGAAUUCUAACCAAGAAAAAUACCCGAGCAAAGUCCCAGCAAUUCCACAUCACGUCAGUCUCUUCAGUUAUUAAAGGCUACAGGAUGCAUUUUCCUGGAUUGAGAGGAGAUUUUUGUUUUCAGAAGGUUUCUAUCAUUAAUCUUUUUUUAAUGGGAACUUUCAGUUGCUGCCAGAUCCAGGUCUUUGUUUGUUUUGGCACUGAUUUAUGAAGCUGGAACUCUUUACAGCCUUGUACAAAGUGGUUUUUAAUUUUUGUGUCAGCCUCUGUGUGUGAGGAUAGAGUUCUACGAAAUAUCUUCCUGGAUUUUUUUAAUCAAUUUGAAAAAAAAUUGUCUUUUAAAAAGUUAUUUGCUCUAUAAUUAAAGCUGAUCUUACACUUAGGCCCUACAUUCUUAUGAACACAUUAAACUAAAGUAUCCAACCUCUUUAUAGACAACUAAUACUAAUUUAUUCAUUCAGCUGUAUCAUAGCUGCUUCAAACAAUUUUAGGAAAAUUUUGCUUUGAGUAUGCUCUGAAUUUUGAAAUUUGUAAGAAAGACAAUAAAAUUAUUUAUUUCAGGUUUUCAAAAUGCUGUGAUUUUAUUGCAGUUUUAAGAGUUUUUAGUGAAGUAUAUUUGGAUUUAAUAAGAUACCUUUAUACUUAAUUAUUAAAGUAAAUGAGCACAAAAUGUGAGGUCGCCUUUUGUACCAAAGUAUGAGCUGAAAUCUCAUGAUAUGAAACUCUCAUGAAUAAUUUCUACAAUGCUACAAGGAGUUUGGUGUUCUCCCUAUAAACGUGCUUUUAUCUCCCCAGUUUUGUAAAGGGUUUAUACAAGAUAUUUUUCAAUGACAAAAACAGAAGAAGUAGGUCCUAACAACUUAGCCUUCUCUCCUGUUUAAUGUGGCUCAGUGUAACAUUAAAUUCUUCUCUCUUUACUCAGGGUAAAGUGUUGAAUUCAACUGGGCUUGAAGAUUUUCUCAGGGUUUUAAUUACUAAAUAAUACAGAAAUUUCACUAACACUGAUUAAUCAUGGCAGAAAUUAGACCCCAGAGCACUGUGGCCCAAAUAUUUAUGGUAUAGACAGAUAAUCUCUAUCCAAAGCAAUUAUAGCAGUGAUUUCUCUGAGGAAUAUUUAUAUAUGUGUAACUCUAUGUAUUUAAAUGAGGAAAAUUGGGGGCAAAUCCUUAACUUUGCUGAAAUUUAUUUGUAAUGUAAAAACUUCUCUAAUCCCAGGUGGGAAAAAAAAUAUUGAGCUGUUACUCUGUAAUGGGUUUUAUAUAAAUCAAGGGAAAAAGAAUUUAAUUUCUGGAGACACAGAUGAAUUGAGAGCUCAGACUGCACAUAUAAAGAGCUCAUUAGGUGUUUCACUGAGUUUUUACUGUAUGAGCUUGUGUGUCUUAUCAAUCCUAUUUUUUUAAUCAUGGAGCAGCAUUAUUCAUGACAUGAA